GCCGGGAAGUAUAUAAGGUGAAUAUAACUGAAAUGGCAAACGUAAUUAACUGCCAAUUCAAUUUCUAACACAUACUGGAAAGGGAAUUCCGUUAACUGUUUCAGAUAAAACUUUACAUUCAAUGAUAACUCUUCAGCUUCUCCUUCCAUUAUCUUCCCUUCAAAACCCUAACUUUACCUUAAAGAACCCAAAUUUCCCACUUUCCAAAUUCAACCCAUUAUCCAAAACCUUCCAAUUCAAUGAUACCCAUUUCAAUUUUUUCAUCAAAACUCCCAAGAUUCUAACUUUCAAACAAUUUAGAUGUAACAAAGCUAAAAAUCAGAGCUUUAUAUGUAAAGGGGUUAAAAAAGACUCAAAUGAAGAGACUUCAAAGGCAGUUUUGGACCGCGGCGGCAGUGGUGGCGACGGCGGCGGAGGUGGUGGUGGAGAUGAUGAGCAAAAUGGGAUUUUGCCAGAAUGGCUGAAUUUUAGCCCAGAUGAUGCAAAAACGGUCAUUUUAGCAGUGGUUGUAUCACUUGCAUUUAGGUCCUUUGUUGCUGAGCCACGGUUUAUACCUUCUUUGUCCAUGUAUCCCACGUUUGAUGUUGGAGAUAGAAUUGUUGCUGAAAAGGUCAGUUACUAUUUCAGAAAGCCAUGUCCCAAUGACAUAGUAAUAUUCAAAAGUCCUCCAGUCCUUCAAGAAGUAGGAUACACAGAUGACGAUGUCUUUAUUAAGAGAAUUAUUGCAAAGGAAGGUGAUACUGUCGAGGUUCAUGAAGGAAAGCUGAUUGUAAAUGGGGUUGUGAGAAAUGAAGAUUUUCUUCUCGAGGCACCCAAAUACGAAAUGACACCAGUGCGUGUACCUGAGAAUUCAGUUUUUGUGAUGGGUGAUAAUCGGAAUAACAGCUAUGAUUCGCAUGUGUGGGGACCACUUCCUGCAAAGAACAUAAUAGGCAGAUCAAUAUUUCGGUAUUGGCCUCCAACAAGAAUUGGCGGGACAGUUCUUCCUCAAGGUUGUGCUAUCGACAAGCAGGAGAAUAGUUUAGCUCCUCAAUAACUUAUUUAUUUAGUCUGAAAAUCAAAGCCACAGUUUUCUCCUUUCUUCUUUUUGGUGGUUUUUGUUUCACCUCUCUUUCUAUUUGAAUUGACAUGAAAAUGUUAUUUAUUCAAUUUAGUGCACUGGAAUUACUGGAGAGCUGAUAAUAUGUCAGUUCUCCUUUCUAAUAAUCUCUCCUUCCAUUUCUUAAAUAGUAUCAAUGAUUCUCAUUGGAAAUGUAUUGGCUCAUUAAUUGAGUUCCUUGACAUGAAACCUUUCUUCCCCUUUUUUUGACUUAAAAAGUUAAUAAUGAUAUUUCUCCUGGUAAGUA